CGCCGUCGUCGCCGCCUCCUCCCGUCGCCAGCGGCCGCGCCUCGCCCCCCCGCGACCGCCCUUCGCUCCCGACGCACCGACCUCCGCCGAGAUGCCCAGGGACCGGAGUGGGUAGUGCUGCCGUGACACUGAAACGAAAACGAGAAAAAUAGUCAGAAUUGAAUAACACAAAGGCGUUGUUUUCUUCGCUCGUGAAUAUUAGGAGAAAAGUUUCCCCUUGUCUUUCCCUCUCUUUUAUUUUUCUUAUGGAAUUCUGAUACAUUUCUGGUGCAACAUUUCUACAUUUCUAUCUUGCAACACUAAUGCUAUCAAUAAGGAACGAGAAUAAAACCAAAUAAAAGAAAUAAGAAAAGAAAAUUAUAUAAUAAGACGUACAAUGUGUGUUAACAAACUCUACUGGCUGUUUUUCCUUGGCUCAAUCCUGCCGUCUUCAGGGGAAGCCCCGCGCGCCGAGGGCUGGUGGGUGGGCCGCCCUCAGCCCUAUUUCUCCGAGUCGCCGACCAACGUCACGCUGAUCUCGGGCCAGACGGCUUACCUCCCCUGCAGAGUGCACAUGCUGGCCGACCGCACGGUGACUUGGAUGCGGGUGCGGGAUCUUCACAUCCUCACCAUCGGCCUCGUCACCUACUCCGCCGACGACAGGUUCCAGGUGCUGCACAGCCCGGAGACAGAUGACUGGACGCUGCAGGUGCAAUACAGCCAACCGAGAGACUCCGGGACCUACAAAUGCCAGGUCAAUUCAGACCCAAAGAUCGUCCGUAAUGUGCACCUCACCGUCACAGACAAGCGGCUUCUAGACAGUCAGCUGCACCGGCCGCCGACGCCCGCGGACAAGAAAGCCGGCUACGGGACAUACAUCCUCGGCGCCGGCGAGAGGUUCCUCCAAGCGGGGUCGUCCCUGUCGCUGGUGUGCGUCGUGACCCACACCCUCGCCCCCCCGACGGCGGUGCUCUGGUACCACGACACGACCAUCCUCGACUACGACUCCCCAAGAGGCGGGAUUUCCCUGCAGGUGGAGAAGACGGGAGACCAGACUACGUCGAGGCUCCUGCUGUCUUCAGUGCACGAAGAGGACUCGGGGAACUACACGUGCGUGCCAGUCAACGCCCCGAAGGCCUCGGUGUCCGUGCACGUCAACAGCGACGAGCUGCGGGCGGCGGUGCAACAGGAGGGCGUGAACGGCGCCGCCUUCGUCAGCCCUUCCCCGGGAGAGCUCCUGCAGACGUGUCUCGUGGCGGCCGCCCUCGCGCGCUUCGCCGCCCCCUCCGCCCUGUCUUAGCACGCCCACCCCUGCGCCGGCCUGCUCCAGCGUCUCGUGCCUGCAGCCGCCACACUAGCCUCCGUGCCUCCGUGCCCCCAACCCUCGUGCGCGGCCACUGACACUGUCCACACGUGCUCGAUUAUGCUGGGCUCGUCAGCAUUCAAAGAAAACCACAAGCGACCAGACAGUGGCAGUUCCACAGACACAUUUUUUUUUUUUUUUUUUUUUUUUACUUUAAUCCUCUUAUUUUCCUAGAUUUCGAUUACCUAAUGACCGGACGGUAGGUAGUGUCUUUGUAAUAACGUCUGUCUGUCUGUUUAUAUCUUUGCCGAGCCCCGUGUGUCAUCUCGAGACCUUUAAUCAGCGGAGUCUCUGUUAUUAUCCGAACCUGUGCAUUAUUAAGCAGGUUUUGUAAACGUGAAAGAUUGACUCUUACUGAAUAUCUUUCGUAUUCUGUACCAGUGAUGAUGAUCAUCAUACGGACACUGUUGCCUUCAA